GCGGUGCUGGGAAGGGGCCGCGUCGCUCGGCCGCGCCGUUCCUGCCCCCGCGGCCGCCCGCCCGGCGGGGCGGGGCUGCCGGUGUGCAUUCCGCUCGGCCCGUGGCGCAGCGCCGGGCCGGGCAGCGGAUCCCUCGGCCGGGCGACCGGCGGUUCAUCUGAAACUGGACAAAAGAAAAGAAUGGAUAUGGGUAACCAACACCCAUCCAUAAAACGGUUGCAUGAAAUACAGAAGGAAGUCAAAGAGAUUGAACAGCAAGUGGUUGUCUUCAGUGGUCUCUCUACUGAUCGAGAUUACAAGAAAUUAGAAAGGAGUCUUACUAAACAGCUCUUUGAGAUUGAUUCUGUAGACACCGAAGGAAAGGGGGAUAUUCAGCAAGCCAGGAAGAGAGCUGCUCAGGAAACAGAGAGGCUGCUUAAGGAACUGGAACAAAAUGCAAACCAUCCACGCAGACUGGAAAUAGAGGCUAUAUUCAAGGAGGCACAGUCACUUGUGGAACGUGAGAUCACACCUUUUUACGAAGGAGGUAACUGUAUAAGCGACGAAUUUGAAGAAGGUAUUCAGGACAUUGUGUUGAGGCUUACCCAGGUGAAAACCGGAGGGAAAGUUUCUUUACGCAAAGCAAGAUAUCGCACUCUGACAAAAGUAUGUGCUGUUCAGGAGAUUAUAGAAAGCGGUGUAAAGCAACAGCUGUCCCUGCCACUCUCUAAUGAUGCGCAUCCUUCGGUCUCCAAAAUUAACUCUGUAAUGUGUGAUGUGAACAAAGCAAGAGGAACUCUUAUUGCGCUUCUCAUGGGAGUGAGUAGUAAUGAUACCUGCAAGCAUCUGUCCUGUGUGCUUACAGGCCUCAUUGCUGAUUUGGAUGCUUUAGAUGUCUGUGGUCACACGGAAAUAAGAAAUUACAGAAAGGAAGUCGUAGAAGAGAUCAAUAAAUUGCAGAAGUACCUGGACUUGGAAGAAGAAGCAAAUUCUACUCACGCUUAUGAUUUGGCACAAAACCAGUCCAUUCUAAAAAUAGAAGAGAUCCGUAAGAAAAUGAAGGAAGUUAAUUCAUUACUUUUAAAAACAGAAAAUGCUUCUGAUUUGUAUUUAGGAUCCAAAGCAGAAUUGCAGGGGUUAAUUGCCCACUUAGAUGAGGUGAGUCCAGGAAAAAACCCUUGUAUUAGAGAAGCCAGGAGAAGAGCAGUAAUAGAAGUUCAAACUCUUAUAACAUACAUUGAUUUGAAGGAAGCACUUGAAAAAAGGCAAAUGUAUUCUGAGCAAACUGCUGCCGAACAUCAGUCUCAUAAAGCAGUUUGGACUGUUCUUGGAAACUUGUCUCAAAUUCAGCAGGAGGUGAUUUCAUUUGAUGGAAACAGAACGGAUAAAAAUUACAUGAGAUUGGAAGAACUUCUUACGAAACAACUUCUAGCACUUGAUGCUGUUGAUCCACAAGGUGACGAGCGGUGUAAGGCUGCCAGAAAGCAAGCAGUAAAGCUUGCGCAGAAUAUUCUUUACUAUCUGGACAUGAAAACAGAUGAAUGGGAAUACUGAAACAGCCAUGGCCUAACACAGAACAUUUUUUCCUUUGGCACUUUAUGCAGAUCACUGGCAGCGCAUAAUAAAAGUGGAGUGUUCUGUGCUUGCUUAAAUCACGGAGAUUGCAUAAGCAGUUGACUUGGCUAUAUGUCUGCUAUCCCACGCAGUCACCCACUUGCCAUGGCAACUGUCAGUACACCAUCAGCAAUUCAGGUCAUUGCUACAAGCAAAGAAGUGCAAUUCUCUGAAGGAAUAGUUUAAUACUUGAUCAAAUGGUGGCUUCCCCCCCCCCCCCCGUUUUUGUUUUAAUAACCUUGUGCAAUGUUCAGCAAGUGCAGAUUUAUUAAAUGUGGGGAAUCUUCCUUAUGGUACAGUGCUGGCAAAACUAUUUUAAAAAGACUGGAUAUGAAAAUUAGUUUCCAAGCAUGAGGCUCCAUCCAGCAACUUCACAGCAGUCUGGAUAUACUCUUAAUGUGCUGUUACGACAAAGUAUUAAGGGCAAAAAACCUGCUGGCUUUUGGGUUGUACUUGAUUUAUUCCAUCCAUCACACCUUUCUGGGUGUUUAGAUUUCUAAAUUAAUGGAGCUGGAAUGCCAACUGCAAAUUAACAUUUACAUAGGCAAAGCCAAUUAGGUCUUUUUUUUUUUUUUUUUUUUUUUAAUACCAGAGCCCUUUGAUUUGCAAAACCAGGUCUUUUGUUAGGGAAAAGUCUUUCCAAUUACUCCUUUAAGGUACUGAGGCUUGGAGAGGAAGAUCUGUACAUACAUACUGAUCAGAUAAACGGGAUGUUGAGGAUUUCAGCUGCCAUCCAUAAACCCCUGAAAACUGCACUGAACUUUAUUUAGGGGCUGCUUAGGUGUCUUUUUAAACUCGGUUGUUAGAUCUGGUUUCGACUUGUCUUUUCACAAGAAAACAGGAACAGAAAUUCACUUUGAAGUGAAUGAGCAUUUUGGAAUUAUUUUUGUAAAAUUAGGUAGCGAGCUAUAAAGAUGUCCUCGAUGUAAAUGUGUGUUACAUAUUUUAUACUGGUCAGGUGUGGUUUCAAACAUGUCUUGGAAAGGACUUGUGGCAAAUGUCUCUCUUUGCAACUCAUCACUUAAUUGUUUUAAUAACUUCAUAAAUAAGCUUGCUUGUACUAUUGUAUGUACCUACCUUUUUAUUUGUGGCUGCUAGUGCCAAUCACAUUUCUACUGGAGCAUGUUUUUUGGCAUUUUUUUGAGAGCAUGGCAUUGAAAUGAAUUAAUUAUAAAGAUAUAUUGAAUUAUGGAUAUUUUUGCACUUAGCUCCUUCAUGUUGAAUUAAUGAAUUAUUGUUCUAUAGAUGAUGAUUUGCACCACUUUAAGGAGUAAAAACCAUUUCGGAUGUUAAAAUAAAUAUUUUUAGAUCUAUUUUUGACUGAUUAGAGAUGACAGUACUGUCUGUGAGAGACAAGUGCCUUUAUGACACCACUAACUUGCACCGUCAUAUGUAGAUAUAGGAACUGUUUACUGGCAGCUUGAUAUAUUUGUAAUCUUUGCAAACUGGAUUUCUCACAUAUAUAUAUAUAAUUCUACUAUAAUAUCUGUCAAAUUAAUGUAAUAGUUGAAAAUUGUUCUCUAGAAUCCUGAGAAUGAAUAUCGAAUUUGGGAAGUAAGUGUUCUGCUUAUAAACGAAUGCAUUGACAUGGGGAUGGGGGACUUGGGGCAGGUCUUUUGUGCCUAUUGCUACAGGAAGGAGAGGAUAUGUUUGCUCCACAACAUGCUUUGAGAUGUGGAUGAAAGGCUGUGUAACUUCAGAGUGUGAAUAUAUUUUGUUUGUGAUUGUACAGGUGAUAGCUUUGCAAAUUUACUUGCCAAAAAUGAUCUAUUUUUUCAACUGAGUACAGUGCCUGAGGCACAGUUUGGCAAUGACAUAAUGUUUGUUGGAGGAUUCUCUGCUCCUUCAGAGGGAUAACCCCAUUGAAUUUAUCUCUUUUUACCUCAAAAAAAUCAUAUCCCCUAGUUAAAAUUCCAAUCUAUUUAUAUAUUAUGUGGCUAUUUUAUUAGAAUAUUAACAAUGUUACACACCUGAAUUAUUUUACUCAUUUCAAGCUUUCUUCUUGUUCAAACUGCAACUUCUGAUUUGCACUUACCUUUUUAGGAAAUGAAAGAAUUUGGUAGUGUAAUGGUGGUGUUCUUUUUUCUUUAGUAUUACUGUCAGGUCUGCAGUGGUUACUUGUUUAAACGUUUCACAAUUUAGUGUCUGUGUUCAUUGGAGGUUAUGUGUGGCUUUAUAAAUGUUUGAUGCACUUACAUAAAAUGAGUAAGUAUAGUUUUCAGAUCUGUUCUAUUUUAAAUUUCUAUGUCUUUCAGCGUUUCUGAAUGAAUUAUUACGCCUGUGUCUCUAAGAAGGCCAAUGUGUAAGGUUAGUGUAAUUUUGACUGAGUAGAGUUCAUUAGCAAGUUAUGUGAAUUAAGUUUUUUUCCAUUGUUCUGUAAUCUAAUAAAUCAGCUAUUUCAAUUCUAUGGUAAAAUCCUCAUCUGGAAUGGGAUUAAUUCAGUUUUUGCAUGAAUGAAAGUAGUAAACUAAAUAUGCGUAACCAAAAAAUUAAUGCACAGAUUUCUCGAGAUCUUGUCCUGAAGAAUGUAAUUUCUGGUUUUUAUAUCCAAAGAUUGAGGGACACACAACUUUUCUUUCCUAUACAGCAGUCUGAAAUAAUCAGCAAAAUGUAAAUAGAUCAGAUUGCAGAAGCCUGCAUUUUAAUACUAUACUGAAAUAUGAUAACUUUUCUAUGUGCUGUGUUACUUAACUUAGAGCAAAAUAAAUAAUUGGAUAUUUGGGGGAGAAACAGUCCUACUUCAUGAUUCCUAUUUGUUAAUUGUAUUCCUUUUAAAAUUAGUUUUCUUUAGUUAUUUCAGUGUUUAUUUUUGUUGUUUACCACUCUAAGUGGUUUUUCUAUUUUAUCAGUUUGGAGAUUUUUGUUAAAUAUGAUUCCUACUUUCUCAAUUUAACAGAAAUUAUAUUAUGUGCUCCUUAUGGUGUAUAUGUCUUGAUUUAUUGCUGUGUAGGAUAUGGCAUUUGUAUAUGCAAACUCAAGAUUAAAUAUUGCAGUGUUAUAUUCUUGAUUAUUAAUAAAAAUACAUUACUACCUUUUA